CCCACUAAAAUAACAAUGGGAAAGAUCAUAUUCUACGAGGACAGAAAUUUCCAGGGUCGGCACCAUGAGUGCAUGAGCGACUGUGCCGACCUGCACCCCUACUUCAACCGCUGCAACUCCAUCCGGGUGGAGAGCGGCUGCUUCAUGGUGUAUGAGAGACCCAACUACCUGGGCCACCAGUACUUCCUUCGCAGGGGGGAAUACUCCGACAACCAGCGCAUGAUCGGCAUUAACGACUGCAUCCGCUCCUGCCGCAUGAUUCCCAUGCAUCGCGGUUCCUACAGAAUAAGAUUGUAUGAGCGUCCAGAUAUGGCCGGCCAAAUGCAGGAGGUGAGCGACGAUUGCCCCAACGUCCAGGACCGCCUCCGUAUGUCUGACAUUAAUUCAUGCAAUGUGGUCGACGGCCACUGGCUGCUGUACGACCAGCCCAACUACAAGGGGAGAACCUACUACCUGCGACCCGGUGAAUACCGCAGAUACAGCGACUGGGGCGGUGCCAGUCCAAGGAUCGGCUCACUCAGGCGAAUCACUGACUUCAACUAGAAGUCUUCUGAACCUUCUUCCUCUCUCUGUU